CGUAGGGGUGGGGCUGGGCCGGUGAUGGGGACACGGGUGAACGGUGCUGAGUUCCAGCCGUGCCCACAAGGUAUUGUGAAUGCGGAGGAGCGGCAGUCGGGACGGCAGGCGGUCUGCAGACCGGCAGCCAGCGCAGAGAGUAUCAUGGCGCAACAAGUAGCCCUGAGCCGGACCCAGGUGUGUGGGAUUCUGCGGGAAGAGCUAUAUCAGGGUGAUGACUUCCACCAGUCGGAUACACACAUUUUCAUCAUUAUGGGUGCAUCGGGUGACCUGGCCAAAAAGAAGAUCUACCCCACCAUCUGGUGGCUGUUCCGGGAUGGCCUUCUGCCUGAAGAUACCUUCAUUGUGGGCUAUGCCCGUUCCCGCCUCACGGUGGCUGACAUCCGCAAGCAGAGUGAGCCUUUCUUCAAAGCCACCCCAGAGGAAAAGCACAAGCUGGAGGAGUUCUUUGCCCGCAACUCGUACGUGGCCGGCCAGUAUGAUGAUGCAGCCUCCUACAAGCGCCUUAACACUCACGUGAAUGCGCUGCACCCAGGGGCUCAGGCCAACCGGCUCUUCUACCUGGCUCUACCCCCCACAGUCUAUGAGGCCGUCACCAAGAACAUCCACGAGAAUUGCAUGAGCCAGACAGGCUGGAACCGUGUCAUCGUGGAAAAGCCCUUUGGGAGGGACCUGCAGAGCUCCGACCAGUUGUCCAACCACAUCUCUUCCCUGUUCCGUGAGGACCAGAUCUACCGCAUCGACCACUACCUGGGCAAGGAGAUGGUGCAGAAUCUCAUGGUGCUGAGAUUUGCCAACAGGAUCUUCGGCCCCAUCUGGAACCGGGACAAUGUUGCCUGUGUUAUCCUCACAUUCAAGGAGCCCUUUGGCACUGAGGGCCGUGGGGGGUAUUUCGAUGAAUUUGGGAUCAUCCGGGAUGUCAUGCAGAACCACCUCCUGCAGAUGCUAUGUCUGGUGGCCAUGGAGAAGCCUGCCUCCACUGACUCAGACGAUGUCCGUGAUGAGAAGGUCAAAGUGUUGAAAUGUAUCUCAGAGGUGCAGGCCAACAACGUGGUCCUGGGCCAGUAUGUGGGGAACCCCAGUGGAGAGGGCGAGGCCACCAAAGGGUACCUGGAUGACCCCACAGUGCCCCAUGGGUCCACCACCGCCACCUUUGCAGCUGUUGUCCUGUAUGUGGACAAUGAGAGAUGGGACGGGGUGCCCUUCAUCCUGCGCUGUGGCAAAGCCCUGAAUGAGCGCAAGGCUGAGGUGCGCCUGCAGUUCCGAGAUGUGGCCGGUGACAUCUUCCACCAGCAGUGCAAGCGCAACGAGCUGGUGAUCCGUGUGCAGCCCAACGAGGCCGUGUACACCAAGAUGAUGACCAAGAAGCCCGGCAUGUUUUUCAACCCUGAAGAGUCAGAGCUGGACCUGACCUAUGGCAACAGAUACAAGAAUGUGAAGCUCCCUGAUGCCUACGAGCGCCUCAUCCUGGACGUCUUCUGUGGGAGCCAGAUGCACUUUGUGCGCAGUGAUGAGCUCCGGGAGGCCUGGCGGAUCUUCACCCCACUGCUGCACAAGAUUGAGCAAGAGAAGCCCAAGCCCAUCCCCUAUGUUUAUGGCAGCCGAGGCCCCGUGGAAGCAGAUGAGCUGAUGAAGAGAGUGGGCUUCCAAUAUGAGGGCACGUACAAGUGGGUGAACCCUCACAAGCUCUGAGCCCGCUGCCUGCCCCCACCCUCUACUUCAGCCACUCUGUCUCUCCUUUCCACCACCCGAUUCCACAUCAGGAGGACUUCGGGACCAUUGGCCUCAGCUUUACAUUCCUGGUGCCAGGCUUGGGCCACCUUUGUCCCCCCCCCUUGCUGCUGCUGCCCGAUCCCAGCUACAUUCCUCAGCCGCCAAGCACUCGAGACUCAUGCUGUGAAAUCCCAGGCCCCCUUCAGGCCCUUUCUAAACAAGCUUCCCCUCACUCCAGCCCAAACAGAAGGGAGGUGAAGGGUGGCAUGUCUGUCCCAGGGUUCCUCAGCCAUUGGAACUAAUGACAACCUAGGGCAGGAGUCAAGGACUAUGGGAGGAGCUGUGGGCCUCAGUGGGGCAGUGGCCAAACCAUGUCCCCUGGUGGCUGUGGGCAGGCUUCUCAGAACUUGGGAUGUGAGAGAACCUGCUUUCAGCCACAACAGUCUCAGUGCCACUCCACAUUCCUGGUCACCAGCUGGAAGGGACCUGGUGCUGCCCAGCAAUGUCUGGGGUCCCUGGAAGUCCCCCAGUCCUACCAACUCUGCACUCCAUGGCACCCACCCCACUCGCAGCAGCGUCCCCACCGCAGGAAAAGCAGAAGCAGUAGAAUGGAUCCCCCACCUUAGUCACCCUCCAUUAAAUCUGCAAACAGCU